AGCGUAUUGUCCGAAAUGGAACAGUUGGGCUCGGAGCCGGAGACCUAUCAGAUAAUGAAAACAAUAGAGAAAUCGAUCAUCGAGAAUGACAAUGUCGAUUUGGAACAAUAUCUGCUCUUUUGGGAGCAUGUUUGCAACGUCAUGUGCUCUUGGGGAACAAUUUUCAGCUUUGUCGUGAAGGAUGUCACUGCAAAAUUGGAAAAGCUCACGCAAAUGAGAUCGUCGGAUCCAGAUUCUUACAGAACUAUCAUCGGAAUGGCAACGAAGGAGUCGGAGAAUGGAACUAUUCGAAAUCAGAAACCAAAUAGAAGCGGCACUGGACAUUUGAUGGUUCUUAACAGAGCUCUUGAAUUCGUCAUCGAUUUGCUGGAUGGAGUGUUCACGUCGAAUGAUGAAAAUGUAUCGACAAUCGCUCGUUCUUCUUAUGACAAACAUCUUUCUCAACUUCAUUCUUGGCCAAUCAGAACUGCUGUCGCUGCGGCUCUCUACACUUUGCCUCGAAAACCAGAAUUUCUAUGUAGACUUCGUGGUGAUAUGCCAGAGGACGAUGAUAAUCAAUUCCAUGAUAUUUUCAAUCGAGACGGACGAGAUAUUGUGCGAAGAGUGAACAAACUAGUUGAAAAUUUCGAACUAACUGAUUAUAAUCCUUCAGCCUGAAUCUCUUUACUACCCUCUUCAUUCUUGAUCUCACAAAAAAUAUGUUCUCUGAAAUUAAACUUUUCAUUAUAUCUCUUGGUUGUACAACAAGUGUAUUUGUUUUUGAAAAAGAAAAGCAGCAAUCAUUUUAAGAAAUGUUUAAUUCAAAUAAAACAGUGUAUAAUAAAUAAAUAAAUGAAC